AUGUCCAGCCAGGAAUACUAUCAAGGUCACCAGGGCGGCUACCAGCAGGGUGGCUAUCCCCAGCACCCCCAGGCCAGCUACGGCCCCCCUCAGGGCCAGUACGGUCCUCCCCAGGGUCAGUACUAUGGUCCUCCUCAGGGCCAACAGCCCAUGCAGUACCAGCAGGCUCCUCCGCAAGAUGAGUCCCGCGGCCGACGUGGCGGCGGCAGCAACAACUGCCUGAUGGCUUGUAUCGCUGCUCUUUGCUGCUGCUGUGCCGUCGAAGAGGGCUGCGAGUGCUGGUGA